UGACACCUCUUUUGAAUUCAUCAUUCUCAGCCGAUAUCGGGGCACAGCAUGUGUUUCUGAUUAAUCACAGCGCUGCGCUCCACUCAGGCCCCCUCGUCAAUAAACGAGUUUCCCUCUUGUCCACAGCUGCAGCCCCUCAGAAGCUCUUUACCCACUUCCUACAGUCUUGAACGGUCAAGGUAAUGAAAAGGUUUGGUGGAUAUCUACUUGACUGCCUGGCCUUGUGUUUCCUCAGACACAAUAUCAAUUCUGAGAACAGCCUGACAGAGGAGGCAUCCCAAGACGAACAGCAGCCCAGACACAAUGCCGUGUUCCCAGGCCCAGUGGAGCGAAGCAGGGGGACUGUUAUCUCUGUGCCGGGCAGCAUGCUCAGAAACAUCCGGCGCUACCGGGAAGACUACGAGGCCUACCUGCGUGUUGUGGCUCACGAGGCUGUCGGCAGCUUCAACCCCUGGGCCAUCGCAGACAGCCUGGCAGAAGAGUUGCUGUCGGAGGCCCUGGCUGAUGUGGCAGCAGAGUUUCAGGACGUCGUGGAGGAAUAUGCCGAGGCCGUCUUCACCUCUGAGUUUCUUCAGCCAAUCCAGUCACCUCCUGCUUCAGCUGCGGCUUUGGUCAGCCAGUAGGAUGGUACAGCAUCAUGGAUGUAGCAGUUUCUUACAAAUUGUUAUUAAAUAUCAUGGGUCAAAGAUCAUUUUGUCGACCGAGAACUACGAUUAUUUUAUUUAUUUUUCUGUAGUUUCACAGGCGGAUAUUUCAUUUUGGAAUGAAGCAUAUGUAUUUAUUUUAUUAAUGUACAAAUUUGUACAUACAGUGUUUAUAGAACUCUAAUUUGUUGUGAUAACUUUAUUUAAUUGGAAUUGUAGAUAUUUUUUAAUGAAGCUGCAGCAGAUUAUAUUGUUGAAUUGCAGAGGGAGCAUUAGUCACAUCAGUCUUCAUGGUCCAUCUGUAUCUGCCUGCUACUUCUGGGAAAAUUAGUUUAGUUUAGAUAAGCUUGAAGAGACCUUUACAACAUUACAGAGGAGUAUAAAAUUACAGCCUUGCACUUGGUUUAAAUCUCUCCGCAUUACUCACACUUUCUAUUUUCAUUUUGGAAUAUGGAAAUAAAUGAAUUACAUUAGACCUCCACCCAAAUGAUGUACAAAGCCAAGGACAUCAUGUGUUUAAUUUUUUGUAAGUUGAUUUUCUCUUAUGCUGUACUGUCUAAAUAAAGGGAAGUCUUUGUUUUAGAGUUUUAAA